AUGAGUGAAAAAACUCCUCCGUCGUCGUCGACAAGUAAAGAUUCCAUUGAUGAAUUAUGCCCGACGAAGACCAAAUAUAAAUUAUCAACAGCAAAAAACAAUCCGAUUUUGUGCUCAACAUCGAAUUUAGGAUUAAUUACAAUUUCCAAUUCAAAUAAAGAAGAUGAGUUCACUUCUUCGUUGUAUGAAGAUAUGCAUACACCAUUACGUCGAGCGUUGGGCAACACAAAACUGAAGACGCGUCAAGAUGUUCGUCGUUUUCGUAAAUUUUUAAAACGAUAUUACGAUAUCUCGUCAACAACACUGGUGGAUAUUGAUCCGGAUACAAUGCGAACGUAUUUAAUCGAUUAUUUAACGUCGAUUCGAACACGAAAAGGUUUAAAAUAUGAUCCGGAAACACUUCGAUCGUAUUAUUUAAGUAUUCAGCGGUUUUUAAAGGACUCGAGUUAUCCAUAUUGUUUACGUAAUUCGCCACAAUUUGCUCAAUGUCGUGAUUUGAUUAUCCAAAUGCGUAAGGAGAAGAAUCAAGUCAAAACCAACGACAUAUCACCAUGCGAAAGCAAGAAGAAACAAAUUCUAAUGCGAAAAUUUUCCAGUAAACUUUCCAAACUUCCCACACCGGUGAAUUAUAAUCUUAAAGAAUCAGCAAAUCAACUAGACGACCCAAUCAUUUCAUCUGAGACAAUGGCGCCAAUUGAAUCGAAACACUGCCUUCUAUUAACCAAAGAUCUUCUUCCGUCUUCAUCACUUCCAUUACGUAAACGACAAGAAAUGAAAUACUUUCUUGAUUUUGGCUCACCAAAUGAGUAUCUUCUUCUACCAAAGCUUCCAGCAUCAUCCACCUGUUCAUCUCGACCAUCGAUUCUUUCUUCGGAUGCUUAUUUGCUUCUAGUACAAUUCACAUUAUCAUCUACAACAAGCCAUUCUUCUAGUCAACGUUCAACGAAACCAUUCGAACAAUUACUUGAUCAGUCGCCCGCAUGUGGAAAUCUUCAGCGUUUGAUGUUGACAUCUUUAUGUCACGAAUGGGCAGGUGAUAUUCGUCUGAUUCAUUCAAAUCUUCGACCGGAACUCAAUUCCUUCUUGCCUCAUAUCUUAGUUCUCAACAUUCUUUCGUCCAAGUAUUCCUAUUAG